ACUUCCUUUUUCCGGGAUGUAUGUAAGCCACAGAAUAAAAUUAAUUCGAUAAGAUAUAGGCGUGAUUUACGAUAAUACUUCACAUUUCUCAUCCUGGUUUAUUAAAUCUUGGCUGUAUCUGUUAGUGUAAGAUUUACAGUGGAAUUUAAGACAUCAGCAUUCUCAGAUUUACAUAAGUAUGGAUCAGGCAAAAAUUGAAAUAGCUCCAAAUAUGGAAAGGUCUGAAUCCAAAACAGUUCAAACAAAUUUGGAGAUGCCUGGAUCCAAAACAGUUCGGCCAAAUAUGGUGAUGCCUAUAACUGAAACAGCUCCAACAGAUAUAGAGAGGCCUAGACCUGAAACAUCUGGAAUGUCUGGAAUGAUGGUGACACAAGAACUAGAAUAUAAAAUGUGUGACAAGAAGACAGAUAAACUGUUGGUUGGAGCAUCAACGUUCACAGGAGUUAACCUGUCAGUUAAGUCUACGACAGUAUCAAGAGAAGAACUUCUAUCUACUUCCCAGAACAGUUUUCUGGAUGGUUUUAUCAGUCUUCACAAGGAAAGAGAAAAGACCCAGAAUCAAACUGGACCUGAAAUCAAACCUGUACUUGAAGAAUCUGAAUCUGAACGAGGAAGUUUUAAUGCUUCUUCAUAUUUUAAUCGGAUCAGUGAGAGAGGAUACAGAGAUUUAGGACAAGGAGUAGACGAUGAAGAAGAUUACUAUGCUUCUAACAUUGGACAAGAUACUUUUUGUUUUGAUAGAUUUAGUGGCAGUGAAACGGCAAGGACAGACACAGCAGGAUCUUCAAAUGUUGAAGUCAAAGAUAGCUAUUCAUAUAAAACCCCACCAAGCUGUUCAGUUGAAGUCAUACCAAACUUUUUGUCUGAAUCCAUACCAGAUCGUUCAUAUGAAGCCACUCCAAGCUGUUCAUAUGAAAACAUACCAAACUUUUUGUCUGAAUCCAUAUCAAGCUGUUCAUAUGAAGUCACACCAAGUUGUUCAUAUGAAGUCACACCAAGCUGUUCAUAUGAAGUCACACCAAGCUGUUCACAUGAAGUCACACCAAGCUGUUUAUUUGAAGACUCGCCAAGCUGUUCCUUUGAAGAUUCACUAAGCUGUUCAUCUGAUGCAACACGAGGCUGUUGGUUAAAAGAAUUAAGUGUCAAGAAGAAGAGAUCUACUAGAUACCAGCCCUAUUCAGAUGUAAAUUUACGAGACCGUGAAACUGCAAAAGAACGUUUUCAAAGACAGAGGAGAACAAAAGAAGUCAAAGAUGGAUUGAGAAAAAUGCUUAAAGGGAAAACGAAUAUUCAAGAUCAGGAUAAUCAGGUUUCUGUCCCGAAUAUUCCUAAUUUUAACGAAAUAUUUGACGUCCCACAAGAUUUUUGACUGUUUUGAUCUAUGGUGUUUUUUGCCACAAGGGUUACACAAUAUAUUGGACUUAAAAAAAUAAUCAGGCUUAUAAGGGUGUCCGAGAGAGAAGAAAUUUGUGGAAUGUGGUACCACACAGGCAUAUAAGCGUGUCUAUUUUUCAAUAGCUCUUGAGGAGGACCAUGUCUAGCUACUUCAUAAGAGUAUAAUGCACCAAUGUCUAGUUUAUGUUGGUAAAUGUCUAGUUUCAAUUGAUAUAUGGGAUCAAUGUCUAGUUUCAAUUGAUAUAUGGGAUCAAUGUCUAGUUUAUAUUGGUAUAUGGGAUCAAUGUCUAGUUCUUAUAAAUAUACAGGACUAAUGUCUGGCUAAUGCUUCAAUUUAAAGGAGCUAAAUCGCUAAUAUCUGGGACCUAGAAAUGUACACAAAUGGGUCGCAACAGAUAUAAUAAUGUAAUAUGAAUGUAUAUAAACUGAUUUACAUGUACAUUCAAUCGUUUCUGUUUUUACUCUAAUUUCAAAUCAGUUAUGUUCCGCGAAAUACGCCAGAAGUCUCAAUCGAAUGGCAAUCUCUGGCAUCUGAUUAAUCCAGUCUAUUGCGCAUACUCUCCAGAUAAGAAUAUGGUGUCACCAUUUGGCAUGACUUGAGUCCCUUGUUACAAAAGUCAUUUAAUCGCAUUCUGGUACACGAUUCGUGUACUAAUGGUAAAAUGUUUAUUUUGUCUUAAAUAUUGGAUAUCAGAAGCUUACCUUUUCCCGGUAAGAUCACAACAUCAAUGUUGAUUUAAAUAGACAAAUAAUUUGUGUUUUCAACGUGUAAGACUUUGGAUGAUAUUGAGUUAGAAACUUAGCUACUUUAAACUCUAUAUUUGUUAAAUCAUGUGUUUUAAUUUAAGAUUUAUCAUCUGUUUCAUGUAUUCGUAAACCCUUCUUAGUGCUUUAUUUAAGUGGUGGUCGCCUGUCCAACCUCGUGGGUUUUCUCUGGGUCCUCCGGUUUCCUCCCACUGCUAAAGACCCCUACGCGCAAGCGAAUUAAUGAAAUAAAAUUUACCAUAUGUAAGUCCCGAAAUGACCUAGUUUGUGUCGAGUGGACGUUAAACCCCAUUUCUCUCUCUCUCUCUAUUGAUACAAAAUUGAACCAUAUGUUAGUCCCGAAAUGACCUAGUUUGUGUCAAGUGGACCUUAAACUCUAUUUCUCUCUCUCUCUCUCUCUCUCUCUCUAAAUCUUAUGUCUUUAAACUAGGAUGAUGGGGGUCAUAACUCAAAAAAGUUUGGGGGACGUUAAACCGCAUUUCAUUUCAUUUCAUUUCAAAAAAGUUUGGGAAGAUACCUCUUACUAUUUUGGGAACCACUGCUUUAUUUUAUGCUAAUUUGACUGUGUCAACAAUUUCAUGUGAUACUUUUAGAUUCUGAUGUAGAUUUUUAUAUUUUGUUAUAUUUCUUCAAUUUGAGAGAUUUUAAUACUUAAAGAACAUUUCAGAGUUAUUAAAUGUGUCUAGAGAAAUAA